UAUUAAAUUGAUUACUGUUUAUGAAAAAGUCUUUGUUCUUAAUUAGGGAUCACUUUGACAGUGAGCUCAGGGAGUUCAAGGACAACUGUAAUGAGCAGCUGGUGCUUGUCUUGAGCCCCCUGAGCAAGCAAGAUAUGAGUAGGACCAUCAAGACAACAAAUACCAUGUGCUGUGGUGUCAUGACGGUAACUCCACCACACUCGGGCAUCUGGCCAAUGUCCCUGGUGUGUGUGAACCUUAAAAAUCAUGAGAUACUGCAUGCCUGCACUUAGCCUAAACUUAAAAGUUUACAUACACUAGGUGUGUAAACUAUUUUUGUUUUUCACUGAGUAUAAAGGCAGGAAAGCUCCAGGACUGGGCCAGGAGCCUCACCUACAAGUGGACGCACCACAUAGGAAUUUUCCCAGUUACUGAGAUACUCUUGGCACCACUGCAAUGGGGCUUCCCAGCCAAAGUGUGGACUUGGAUGAUUUUAAGGUGGUAACUCAUGAUGUAUCCUUUUCUUAGUCUCUGUAAUGAUCUGCAGUAAUGAUUUGGUGCUGUGGUCCUACUGCUCUUUUAUCAUACUGUGCAUAAUAACUAGUACUGUUUCCUUUUAUCAUAUUGCAGGCUUUUUUUUCCUUUAUUAUACUGUAAUAUAAUAAACUGCAUUUAUCCUUAUAUUUGAUUUGGAAUUCAUUUUUCCUUGGUACCCAGUCAAUCAGCAAAACAGUGAUAAAGAGAAAUUUAGAAAAACCAUGAUCUUUACAACAUGGCAGAAUAACUAUUCGUGGGCUGCUUGAGGUGGAGGAGGAACAUAAUCCACAUAGACAACUCUAAUAGUUCUGCAAACCUGCUUUUCCGUAUAUACAAACACAUCAGUGGUGUAAUGAUGAGCCUAAAUUACAGGAUUUGUUAAGUAUCUUCUCUCCCAUCAGCAACAAGUAAGCAGACACAAUCCCCCAUACUGCUACUUUAUACAUAGAUGAGAUAGGGAUUAGAGUUUUCACAUUCUUUUUGUUUGGUUUUGUUGGUGUUUUUGUUUGUUUGUUUGUUUUUCCGGAAUUUGAGAUAGCUUGGAGAUAAAUAUAGGUUCUGUACCUAGCUCAGCCUUCAGAUAACAUGCCAUCCAUUUUAGCCUGGUAGGCUAUAUGAAAACAAGGUUUAUGCAAUCACCCUGUCUCUCUGUCUGUGUCCCAAGUUCUAAUUUUGAAGGUGGUAAACAGUUUCAGCAGAGUUUGAGAGAUUAUAAUGUUUAUACAAAUUUUAUAAAAAUAGAUAACCAGGCAGAGGAGACACUAGGGGUUGAAAAGUUUGGAGUUAACACCUAAUAGCUUUCUACCCAGUCAGCAAAUUUCUACGAAUUUCCACUUCUGAACAUGGCAGCCUGCAUGUUGCUGCCAAAAUGCUCCACAGGAGAAGAUGCUAGGCAUAUGCAGUCAUAACAGAAAGUAUUAUUAUAAUGCAGGCAAAUAGUUCAGCCAACCAAGAGGCAAAUCCAUAGGAAACCAGGCUUCAUUACCUUCAGCGUUCACAGAACUAGUAGCUUAUAUUUCUGAAGGAUGAAAUAAAUAUGGGCAGUCUGAAGUUUUUUUGCAGACAACCACUGCUAGCGGAUUGUUAUUCAUCAUGGGGGCAAAACUGGAAGUAAAUGUAAUUCUUAACUGGCACUGCUAAAGUGUAUGUCUCUUGUAGGUGCUCACAGGUCCUGGGAGGCUGCACACUGGCACAAUUGGCUGCAUAUUACAUGGAUUGCUAACUCCAGCCCUUUCAAGGACCUGACUCACCAUAUCCCAGCCACUAAACUCAACUUGGAACUGGAUUUAUCAUUUGGAUUUCUUUAGUGAUGUACUAUCAGAAGCAUAAACUGCACCCGUUUAGUGAUCUGUGAGAACUAAGAGCUCGUAUUACUUGCAGCUGUCCCUCAGUCCAAAGGUGAUGAUCUCAGCUUCUCUCUUUAUGUCAAGUGUUUCCAUUUCAUACCCCUCCUACUAGCAAUAGUAUUGCAUACCACCCCUCUACUACACAUUUCUGAACUGAUUGAUUUCUGUGUCUGUGUUUAACCCUGCAAUCCUCACCUAGACAUAUUCUAUCCAGUUCAUGAGCAGAAAUACUGGAUGUUGUGCAGUCUGUACUUUCUUACUGCAGAAUACCCUUUCCAUAAUCACAGGAACCCUGUCUUGAUGAGCCCAAGCUCAGUGGCCCAUUUCCAUAACACUUUUAAGCACCUCAUUGCAUAUUUAAGCACUUCUAAGAUGCUUAUAAUGUGUACAUCUUAUCACAUAUUUUUCAUGUUUUUCAAGCCUGCACAGUGGGUGUGACACUUUGCCUUUAUAUUAUUGCUUAUUUUCAGUUUUCAUUGCAUUACUUUAGCCUAUAGUAAACAAAUUAUAUUUAAGGUGAGCUUGAGGAUUUAUGGAUGGGUUUGAGGCUGCUAAUGGGUGAGCCAGAUACCUUUAAAAUGUGCUUUCUAUGUGAAAAUAACACGAAGCAAACAGAUAUCCAGAGAUAUGUUCCCUUCCAUGAUGACAGUGGUAAAGAGGGAAAAAAAAAAAACAACCAACAAACCAUUCUGUUUGUGUCAAAGCUACAGAGGAGAGGUUAUGGAAAAUAGUAAGAAGUGUUUAAUAGGAAACAUUUCUAUUGAUUACAGUAACGAAGAACUAUCUCUACAGCCCAGGAAGAUUUCAACUGUUGCUUCUAUCAUGGCAAAGGAAACACUUGGUAACCUCAGAAACAAGGGUAACUUUGUAACAUCCUUACCUGCAUGGGGCCAUAUAGAUUAAUUUGAGGCCUGGAAGUAUCGGACAAAAACUGCUGCACUUUAAGUUGCAAAAUUUUGAUUUGAUCAAAAUCUCCAUGCUAAUUAAAAUUUGGUAGGUAUAUUUCUCUUGCAUAAAUCUGUAUUGACAGAAAGUCAGUCUGAGUAACUGUGAGUUGCCAGAACUCAGUGCGACUUCCCAAAGCUGUUCCAAAAACCUUUUAGCUAGACCUUUUGUGACAUGUCCCCUGUUGUGUGAUGAUUUGGGUCAGCAUGCCUGGCUGCCAGUAUUAUUUAAAACAAUGUAAAAGGCAAAGACUUGGUGUUCUCACUUUCUGUUUGGACAGCUGCAAGCUAUGACUGUUUUCGAUAUGGUGCUUUGUGCUCCCUAGAUCAAUACAAAGUUGAGCCAGAACCAAAAGCCAAUAGCCAGGGAAACUAACAGCCAGGCCUGCCAGGCUUGAGCCUACCAAACUUACAUCAUUUGGCAUUUUCUGGUCCUCUAAAGCAAGAUACAAACUCCACAUAGGUCCUGGGCAUGCCAGGGAUCUAUCCAAAGCAUCUUACACACAACAUUUUAUAGCGAGGAACCCACAGAGUACCAUGGUCAAUCUUGCUGCGCAGAGAGCUUUGUACGGGCACCUCAGGAACCUUGAGCACUGAUGGGCCAAAGGCUCAGAAGAAGGUCUACCAGAGGGACAAGGGAUGUGCCAGCUGUUGCCAAUACUGUCAGGAGCUUGACCAUGCCUGGCUAGGGCAGUAGAGCCAAGCCACCAAUGAAGCAUGCAGGACUCUGCUUGAACUGGAUAAUGAAGGCUAGAGACUACUGCUAGACAAGAUCUCUGAAACUCCCAGAAAAAAAAACCCCAGAAGUUCCAAGGAUAAACAGAAUAACUGGGCUGGCAUCAACCCAGGUAGAUAUGUGCAGAGCUUUUUUUCUCUGAGCAUGUGUUUGGGCAGGGGAAGGCUAUUUUCUGUGCCGAUCAUCUCCUGGACCUGCAGUGAGGUGCCAGGCAUGCUGCUGGCAGGGCUGUACUGCUGGUGGCCUCACACCUACACCAGCUCUGGGUGGCUCCUGGAGGCCGCCUGUCUCCUCCUGGCCUCUGGAGAAGCCUGGCACCCUGCCCCAGCCUUGUGAUGACUCCAAGUUGUCCUAAGGACCUCACUUCCAUACCCUCUCCUUCGAGCCCUGCCACUAUGCUUGCCUGUGUGUGCACUUUGGUACAUGCUGUGAGUCACAGCGUUUCCCCCAGCCCCACUCACUCCUGCAGCUGGGCCGAGGCUCCCAAACCGGGCAGAGCCGCUCCCCGGUCCCCCAGCCCCCUUCACGCCGAGCCGUGUCCCCGCCGUGCAGCUCCCAUCGCGGCGGUGCCCCCCCGGAGCAGCGGUCUCCCGUGCUGCCACAGGCACCGGGGGGCGAGUCGCAGGGAGAGGCGGGCACGAGCCAGGCAACAGUCACAAGUUCCUUCCAACACUCUUCCUUUCCCUGUGGGAGAUCGCUGGGACAACAUCUCACAUCAGCUGUACAAGCGCCCUUGCGUGGUGCGACAUCAGUUACAGUGAAUUGCAAAUGAAUUGCGGUGGCAGCGUGUCCCUCGUUCCCUGCACCUCUCUCGCCUCUUUUGCGAUAGCUUUCCUCGCUGGAGCACCUCAUCCUGCAGCACAGCGCGUUACUUCCACCGGCGCUACCAAACCGGCGACACAAGACAGCGAUGGUGGCUCUGAAGACAUGGGAAAAUCACUUUCUCACCUGCCUAUGCAUACAUGCAAGGACGAUGGCUAUGAUGGAGGCACAGUGUCUGAUAACAUGAGGAAUGGGUUAGUGCACUCAGAGUCGCACAAUGAAGACAGCAGAUGUGGAGAUGUAUCACAGUUUCCUUACGUGGAAUUCACAGGAAGAGAUAGUGUCACGUGCCCCACUUGUCAGGGAACGGGAAGAAUUCCACGAGGGCAGGAAAAUCAGCUGGUAGCAUUAAUUCCAUACAGUGAUCAGAGACUGAGGCCAAGAAGAACAAAGCUUUACGUGACUGCUUCUGUAAUUGUAUGCUUACUACUUUCUGGGCUGGCUGUAUUCUUCUUGUUUCCUCGCUCAAUCGAUGUUGAAUACAUUGGUGUGAAGUCAGUGUAUGUCACUUACGAACAGGCUAGACAUAUAAUAUAUCUAAAUAUUACAAACACAUUAAAUAUAACUAAUAACAACUAUUAUUCUGUAGAAGUGGCAAAUAUCACAGCCCAAGUUCAGUUUUCAAAAACAGUUAUUGGCAAAGCACGACUAAACAACAUCACCAACAUUGGUCCUUUGGAUAUGAAACAGAUUGACUAUAUGGUGCCCACAGUCAUACAAGAUGAAAUGAGCUACAUGUUUGACUUCUGUACUUUAGCAUCUAUUAAAGUGCAUAACAUUGUAGUGAUGAUGCAAGUGACAGUGACAACCUCUUACUUUGGCCACUCUGAGCAAAUAUCCCAAGAGAGAUACCAGUAUGUGGACUGUGGAGGAAACACAACCUACCAGCUGGGCCAAUCAGAAUAUUUAAAUGUACUUCAGCCUCCACAGUAGAAGCACCUCUUGGUUAGUGUGGAAUGACUGCUGUUGAUGCUUGCAGAGAUCCUUUGAAUAGGACUGGUACUACAUGAAGGGGAGUGUAUGUGCAUGUAAAGCAUAGCAAACAUGGUGAUUUGUUCACUUCAGACACAAGGAGGGAAAAGGUGAAAAAUGUAUAUAGAUGCACUUGUUAAAUGUUGUGUUUUCCCCUUCUUUUUGCUUUCUAUUACUGUAAGCACUUCUGUCAAGUUGUGUGGUGGGAGGGAGAGGGGCAGUAUCAGAUUCUUGAACUGAACUGGGACCUUUGCUUACAGUGUGGUACAUCAACUUAGAGUAACUGUGUAUGUCUAUGUUUAGGUGAGAUGUCUCACUAAUGAGCAUUUUAGAAAAAAUGAUACUCAUAAAUUUUAAUUUUGUACUUCAGUUCUUGAUAUUUGACUAUAAACUGGCAGUAGUACUACUUAAGUAACAAAUUACUUUGAGGUAUCUGGGUGUGAAACUUCUAUUAGUAACCCAGUGGUGAUGGUUUUUUAUUUUGAUAUUCUACUUCUCAUUUGCUAUACAUGAUUAGAGGUGACAUGCAGUCUUUGAAAACCAGGAAAGCUGUCUUGGAUAACACUAUACUCGAAUGUGCAACUUCUAGAAUCUGGCAUCGUUUCAUUCAUAUUCCCUCCUGCUACCUCUGGGAUGUUAUAAGGAGAAUGUAUGUUAGAUUCAAACUUGGGUUUAAAAAUAAAGAAACAACAACCCCCAGAGUCAUUGCUGACGAAGGAAAAAGUAAAGACUAGAAAAUGAACGAGUAAAGACUUUGAUAGUGUCUUUCUACUUUAUUUUUUAGUAAGCUUUGUGUACAGCUAUUAAAAACAAGACUGCAGUUGGAACUAGGUGGGAAACUGGACACAGGUUUGGGCAGCCUAAUGUAAAUUUUCAUUUUUAUUGUUUUAAUAUGCUGUGUAUCUAAGCUACUUGUGUUAAUAUGUUGGGGUGUGUGUAUUUAGUGCACAGGUUCAGUAAGCAAUGCAGUAAUUACCUGAAUCUCCAGAGCACUCACAGUUCCCAUCUAAGUUAUGUAGGGGAGAACAAAGCAACUCUUUCUGUUAAGAGUAAAUGCUGAUGUAAUCAUGAUACUGACUUUAUAACAAAGCUGUUAAAUGGUUUCAGCAGGAUAGUUUGCACAGUGAGAAUUUCCAGGGUUAUAAUCAAACAUGGUGACAUGUAAAUUUUGGGUCCAAAGCUGCUUGACUUCUGAAGGCUGACUGUUCUAAGGGUUAGGUAUGAAACUUUUUAAUUGACUAGAUCAGGAUUGUUUUAUUUCUCAAUUAUACAAGAUGCACCUGUAAAAGGUACUAUUAAGAUUUGCAUUAUAAUGAAUAGUUUGGGUUUUUUUAAAUAGAUGUUGCGGUUUUUAUGCUGCCCAUCUCCUGGAAAUAAGCUAUAUAAAAUGAAUUGGCAAUAAACACUAUGGCAAAAGCCUGCUGAGUAA